AAGUCAGGAUUCCUGCUCAGAUCUCUUCAUUCUAAUACCUUUAGUCUUCACUCCAACACAUGCACCUGGUACUUAGAAUGCCUUCUUUUGAUAUGUAUUGAGGACAUUAAACUGCAUUUGUAGGUAAGGUUCCUUUAGCCAUGGAGAGGGGCAAUCACACCGUGACUGAGUUCAUCUUGGUGGGCUUCACCACAGACCCUGUGAUGCAGUUGGUCCUAUUUGUGGUGUUUCUUGUCAUGUACUCUGUGACCCUGGUGGGAAACACCAUGCUCAUAACAUUGAUCUGUAAUGAUUUCCGGCUCCACACAUCCAUGUAUUUUUUCAUUGGCAAUCUAUCAUUCCUGGAUCUCUGGUAUUCCUCUGUCUACAUUCCAAAGAUCCUAGUGACCUGCAUCUCUGAGGACGAAAGCAUCUCCUUUGCUGGUUGUGUAGCUCAGUUCUUCUUCUCUGCUGGGCUGGCAUAUAGUGAGUGUUACUUGUUGGCUGCCAUGGCUUAUGACCGUUAUGUGGCCAUCUCCAACCCCUUACUUUAUGUUCAGAUCAUGUCAAAAAGACUGUGUCUCUAUUUGCUUAUAUAUACCUAUACUGGAGGUUUUGUCAACUCAAUAAUACUCACCAGCAACACAUUCACAUUGGAUUUUUGUGGUGACAAUGUCAUUGAUGACUUUUUCUGUGAUGUCCCACCACUGGUGAAGUUGGCAUGUGAUGUGAAAGGGAGCUAUCAGGCGGUGCUAUACUUCCUUCUGGCCUCCAAUGUCAUCACCCCCAUUGUGCUCAUACUCGCCUCCUACCUCUUCAUCAUUGCUGCCAUCUUGAGGAUCUGCUCCACCCAGGGCUUCCACAAAGCCUUCUCUACCUGCUCCUCCCACUUGAUCUCUGUCACCUUAUAUUUUGGCACCUUUCUCUACAUUUACUCUCGCCCAAGCUCCAGCUAUUCCCUUGAGAGGGACAAAAUGGUUUCUGUGUUUUAUACUGUGGUCUUCCCCAUGUUGAAUCCCAUGAUCUAUAGUCUGAGGAAUAAAGAUGUGAAAGAGGCUCUGAAAAAACUCCUCAAGUUAACACAACCAGAAGUCUAAAUUUACAUGUUAGUUGUUGUUAGGUGCCGUCGUGUUCGUUCUGACUCAUAGUGACACUAUGCACAACAGAACAAAACACUCCU